CCUCCCAAUCUGUUGAUGCCCAAAUGCCUUUCUGCUGUGGAGCAGGAGGGACGCUGCCCACGAGGGCUUUCCUGCGCAAGCGCGAACCAGGCGCCCGCGGGGGCGGAGCCUGCUGCCUAUGCGCCUGCGCCGCAGACCCGCCCCUCGGGGCGGGGAAAGUGCCGCAGACCCGGAAGUGCGCCGAGUCCCGCGGAGUUUGUGGGGAGCCGCGGGCGCUGGGCUGGGCGUGGGCCGCGCCCUCCGGUCCCGCUCGCCGCUCGCCACGUGGCUGAGCGCCAGGCCCCGGGCGCCCUGGAGCCGCCGGCGUCAGUCGCUGCGGCGGUCUCCUCCCUCACCAUCGCCGACGCGUUCGUCCGGGCCGGCGAGAGCCCCGCGCCGCCGCUCCCGGCGCUCCCGGGGAGGUUCAUCUGCUCCUUCCCGAACUGCUGCGCCAGUUACAACAAGGCCUGGAAGUUAGACGCGCACCUGUGCAAGCACACGGGGGAGAGACCAUUUGUUUGUGACCAUGAAGGGUGUGGCAAAGCCUUUGUCAGGGACUACCACCUGAGCCGCCAUGCCCUGGUUCACACUGGAGAAAAGCCUUUUGUUUGUGCAGCUAGUGGCUGUGACCAAAAAUUCAACACAAAAUCAAACUUGAAGAAACAUUUUGAACACAAACACGAAAAUCAACAAAAACAAUAUGUGUGCACGUUUGGAGGCUGUGAGAAGACCUUUAGGAAGCAUCAGCAGCUGAAAACCCAUCAGUGCCAGCACACCAACGAACCAUUGUUCACGUGCACCCAGGAAGGCUGCGGGAAACACUUCGCUUCGCCCAGCAGGCUGAAGCGCCAUGGGAAGGUCCAUGAGGGUUAUAAAUGUCAAAAAGAAUGUUCCUUUGUGGCAAAAACAUGGACAGAGCUUCUGAAACAUGUGAGAGAAACCCAUAAAGAGAAAAUAAUAUGUGAAGUAUGCCAGAAAACAUUUAAACGCAAAGAUUAUCUGAAACAACAUAUGAAAACACAUAACCCAGAAAGGGAUGUGUGUCGAUGUCCAAGGGAAGGCUGUGGUAGAACCUACACAACUGUGUUCAAUCUCCAGAGCCAUAUUCUCUCUUUCCAUGAGGAAAGGCGUCCGUUUGUUUGUGAACACGCUGGCUGUGGCAAAACUUUUGCCAUGAAACAGAGUCUCACUAGGCAUGCCGUGGUGCACGACCCCGACAGAAAGAAAAUGGAGCCCAAAGUAAAACAAGCUUGUAGAAAACGGAGUUUGUCUUCCCGUCUCAGUGGAUACAUUCCUCCUAAAGGGAAACAAGCACACGGCUUAUCUUUGCCUAAAACUGGAGAGCUGCUGAACAGCACUGACGACAGAGUGCUCUCGACAGUUGCAGUUCUUACCCUCAGCUAAACAUCCAAUUGUUUUCCACAGACCAGCCAGCUCAGUUACAGGCAGACCUGAUUGGUGGUUCCACACCACUGCACUAAAACAGGUAGUGCACUAAAGCAAGUUGAAAUGC